AUGCCUCCAGAAUAUGAUGGGGGAUUGUCUGAACCUGUUUCUUCAAUUACAAAUAUUCGCCCCAGUCCUAGAGAAAUUAAUCGACAAGUUUUAUCUACAGCUAAGCAAGUAGUCCAUCAAGAAUACAAUGCUCUAUUAAUGCAAUUUGGCCAAUUUAUGUCCCACGAUAUGGCAAAGACUACUUUGGUCCCUUCUGCCAAAUGUAAUGUUUGUCAAAAUAUUCCUUCUCGAUGUAUGGCAAUAUUCCUCGCCCCCUCCGACCCAAAUUCCAAUUUCCGAGCGGAUGGUUGUUUGAGAGUCUCCCGUUCCUCUCCGAUUUGUGGUUCGGGGAGAACUAAGCCUCGACAACAAUUAAGUGAAAAUACUGGAUAUAUUGAUGGAUCUCCGAUAUAUGGCUCUUCUGUUGGGGAUUUACACAAAUUUAGAGAGGGCUCUACUGGAUUUUUGAAAUUAAAUAAUUUUAAUGGAAUGCGUCUAUUACCUUUUGAUUCUUCAAAAUGCCGAAAUUCUGGGGAUUGUUCUGCAACAUUUAUUGCUGGAGAUAGUAGAGUAAAUUUAUUUUUGGGACUAACUUCCUUUCAUUUAUUACUUACAAGAGAACAUAAUCGAAUUGCCUCCCGUUUACAAAGACUUAACCCCCAUUGGAACGGCGACAGACUUUUUCAAGAAACUCGAAAAAUUGUUGGGGCAGAAAUUCAAGCUAUUUGUUAUAGAGAAUAUUUACCUAAAGUUUUGGGGUCUUCUUUUGCUUCUACAGUAGCUAAUGAAUUUACUUCGGGUGCCUAUCGGUUUGGACAUGGAAUGAUACAAGAAUUUUAUCAACGUUUGGACGCUUUCAACAGAACAAUUCCUUUUGGGGGCUUCGCCUUUGUAGAUGGCACAUUAAAAUCUGACCGUCUUAUUUUCCAAGGGGGAAUAGACCCAAUAAUUAGAGGAAUGAUGUCACAACCUUUAAAAAGGCCUCAAAGGUUAACUAGAACGGUAACAGAACAAAUGUUUGGAACAACUGAUUUGGGAACAAUAAACAUUCAACGAGGUCGGGAUCACGGGUUGCCUUCAUAUUUACGUUUUCGACAACUUUGUGGAUUACCUGGGGCAUCGACUUUUGAUCAUUUAAGCAGGGAAAUAUUAAGUGUUGAAGCUAGAAAUAAUUUACAAAGAAUUUAUGGAUCUCCAGAUAAAAUUGACUUUUUUGUUGGUGCUUUACUUGAAGAUCCGGUUGUUAGGGGGCUUGUUGGGCCUACUGUUGCUUGUGUAAUUGGCCCCCAAUUUGCCCGUACACGAGACGGUGACCGGUUUUACUUUGAAAAUCCUGGAAUAUUUACAAGAGCACAACUAGCAGAGAUUAGACGUUCAUCAUUGGCUAGAAUUGUUUGUGAUAAUGCUGAUGAUAUUAGAAUUGUCCCGAGAGAAGCUUUCAGAACUGGACCUCUAGUUUCUUGUUCAGAAAUUCCUCAAAUGGAUUUAACUAGAUGGAGGGAAUUUUAA